UUUCCGGACUGCGGGGCUUGCGCUCCGGGACAAGGCGGGCGGGCGCUGGCGGCUGCCGCAGCCUGCGUGGGUGGACGGGGGCUCAACUCGGGCCAGCAGGCGACGGCCACCGGCAGGAUGGACCUGGAAGCCUCCCUGCUGCCCACCGGCCCUAAUGCCAGCAACACGUCGGCCGAGAACCGCACCUCGGGCGGGUCGCCUCCCCGCACAGGGAGUGUCUCCUACAUCAACAUCAUCAUGCCUUCAGUGUUCGGUACCAUCUGCCUCCUGGGCAUCAUUGGGAACUCCACGGUCAUCUUCGCCGUGGUGAAGAAGUCCAAGCUCCACUGGUGCAGCAACGUCCCGGACAUUUUCAUCAUCAACCUCUCGGUGGUGGACCUCCUCUUCCUCCUGGGCAUGCCCUUCAUGAUCCACCAGCUCAUGGGCAAUGGCGUCUGGCACUUUGGAGAGACCAUGUGCACUCUCAUCACCGCCAUGGACGCCAACAGCCAGUUCACCAGCACCUACAUCCUGACUGCCAUGGCCAUCGACCGCUACCUGGCCACUGUCCACCCCAUAUCCUCCACUAAGUUCCGGAAGCCUUCCGUGGCCACUCUGGUGAUCGGCCUCCUGUGGGCCCUCUCCUUCAUCAGCAUCACCCCUGUGUGGCUCUACGCCAGGCUCAUCCCCUUCCCGGGGGGCACGGUGGGAUGUGGCAUCCGCCUCCCCAACCCGGACACUGACCUCUACUGGUUCACCCUGUACCAGUUCUUCCUGGCCUUUGCCCUGCCCUUUGUGGUCAUCACGGCCGCAUACGUGAGGAUUCUGCAGCGCAUGACGUCCUCGGUGGCCCCUGCCUCUCAACGCAGCAUCCGGCUGCGGACGAAGAGGGUGACCCGCACGGCCAUCGCCAUCUGCCUGGUCUUCUUUGUGUGCUGGGCGCCCUACUAUGUGCUGCAGCUGACCCAGCUGUCCAUCAGCCGCCCGACCCUCACCUUUGUCUACCUGUACAAUGCGGCCAUCAGCUUGGGCUACGCCAACAGCUGCCUCAACCCCUUUGUGUACAUCGUGCUCUGUGAGACCUUCCGCAAACGUCUGGUCCUGUCGGUGAAGCCUGCAGCCCAGGGGCAGGUUCGCGCCGUCAGCAAUGCUCAGACAGCUGAGGAGGAGAGGACAGAAAGCAAAGGCACCUGACACUUCCCCUGCCACCCUGGGUCCCUCCGAUUCGGGAUACCACGGCAAACCAUGGGGAGAGGGGGCGAGAAAAACCCGACAGCUCUGGGAGGCGGCAGGGAGACUGGGUGAUGAAGGGUUGUUGCAUUCCUAAAUACAUUCCACAGGCCCCACCACUUGCUGGGGAGGUGAGGAGCCAGGUUUGGGGGCUUCGGACGUCAGAAAUCCCCUAGAGGGAGCAGGAUGCAACCAUUGGACGGAAUGGAAACUGAGCAAAGGAGAAAAUGUUGGUUUGAAUGUUCAGCUGAGCCCUUUAUCUAUUGUCUUUAUCCCAAACAGCUAUUGGAAGACUCCUGUCUGGGUUUAUUUUAAAUUAGCCAGGGUAGGGUGUAAGCUACAGGGGCCGUAUUGCACAGGCCUGGGGGAGAUGGGCAAGGUGGUGUCCUGACUGCUCUUUCCCAUCUCUCUUCGGUUAGACGGAAGGCAGCCUUUCUCCCAAGCUGGUGGAUGAUGAAAAAUGAAGCAUGCCAUCUCUCUGUGUUCCAGCAUCCUGCACCGAUUUCCCAAUUUACUAGAGAGCCGUUUACUGAGAAUGA